ACGAACAUGAGUUGGGGUGCGGAAAAGCUUUAAAAUUUAGUCUCGCAGCGACUUUUGAUUCUACGCGGAAGACAGUUUUGGAGUUUGGAGAAUAAUGGUGUGCUUCGAGGCGUAUCUCUUGUGCUCUUACAAUCUUCAGAUCGGCAAGAUAGUUUUAAUGAAUUGUAAGUGUUACAACAUUUAUCGGGAGGAAAGUACGUUCAUCGAGUCCGUAAUAAACCUACGGCAGUCUUACAUGGCUUGCAUAUGUUACGAGUCACAAAAGCGGAAACGCGUAGGUCACAAAACCGUGCCCAUAAUGCUCGGGAGUUACUUGGAUUAUCGCAUACGAGGGGCGCAGGCUGUCGAGCGUAGCAGGGCUCAGUGGGGCGCGGUUAUUUUACGCGGAAUGUUGAAAAUCUACACGUCCUUCUCGACAUUCGACGCCCUCUCGAUGCACGUACGUCAGACUCACGAGGCCAAGAGCAUCGAAUGGUUCACUUACAUCGGGAACGAGGGUGUCGCACUCAAAUACAGUAACAAAGUUGUCGAGUGGACGUACCGAUACGAGACCCAAAACAAUUUGAGCUCGAACGCCUGGAUCGAGCUGAUAAAUCAGGCGAAUCCGUUCAUAAAACGUCGCAUUCUCGCCACCGAGUACAUUCAAAUGUUCGACGACGUUCUCAAAUAUCCGUACGACAUGAACGAUCUGAAGAAUCGACAAUUCAUCAACGGGGUUUCGAUAAUGCGCAAAUACAUCGACUACGAAUUGGCCAAGAGGGACAAAAAGAAGGGCGUCGGUUGUAUGAAAAUGGCGCACGCCUUCGAAACGGGAGCUCUCUACAUCGUGUUGAGUAAAAAAAAUACAUACGAGACAGAAGAGUGGUGCAAAAAUUAUCCCCAAAAUUAUGACAAUACGCUACACGAAGGACGGAGCAACAAGACAGUUCAUUUUUUGCAAAACGUCACGCGCGCCUCCAACGACGCGGUACGUAAUUCGAAAGCCCUCACGUUCCCCAGCGACGCCUUUGGCUUUCUGUGCUUGCUCAAUACGAAAGAUUUGAAAUCGGCCGGGGAGCAGAACGUUCUCGCUGAUUUCGUCAUUAUGACGGAGGAGAGCGAUCCGACUGAAUUGUACGAGUAUCUGCGUCGCGUGACAAGCGAACAGUCAUCCAUUACCGCCGGGCGAAGCACCGAGCAUCACCUCAUAAUCAACGGAUUUAUCACGGAUUGUCGGAAAGACUGGACCUUCGAGGAUUUCAAAAGACUCAAGCGUACCCUGCGACACGUUACCCUCAAAUUUUAUCAGCCUUAUAUAAUUUUUUCCACCAAAGCUUCGAUACCGAUUAAAUAUUCGCACGAGCACGAUAUCUACGUCUCCCCGGCCGAGGUUGGAGAGUACAACGUUACGUUUCCUGAGUCAUCGAUGAUAUCGGUGACGGCGAAAGAGCUUGUGCCGGUCGGCAUCACCAAAACACCGGCAUCCAAGUCCACCGUUGCCAUCAACAAUAUAAAAGGCAGCGUUGCCAACUUGACCUCGAAUUUUCACAAAUCACUGAUGCGCAUGUCGUUAGGCACGACCUGUUACAUGGAAAAUAAUACCGAGAUUAUUUCGGCCCUCGCCGACUCGGCCGUUAUCUCGCGAGACAACGACACGCGCCACUUUCAACAGGCAUUCUCUCAACUCGAGAAGACGUUUGGCUUAACGACGUGCUACGCGACGAGCCAACAGCACGAUCCGAUCGUCGGUGGUGCAAUGCGCUCGUUUCUUAAAAUGUACGUCCUCGACGAUCUGCUGAUCGAGAAUAAAGGAAGCCACGGGACACCGUACGUGCGCGAGCGCAAUACCGAGAGCUCGCCGCUCGUCUCUUCUUACAUGACGAUGCUUCUCGGGCCGAAAAAUUAUCCGCCACCGUCCGUAUGGAAUUUACGGCUUUGGGCGAUGUUCGGUAAUUCGAACGGAGCCUGCGUCGAAGACGGAGUCGUGUUGGAUCGCAAGACGGUCGAUGCGAUGCCCAAAAUUUACUAUAACGCCUGCAUCACCGUGGAUUUUACCUUAAAAACGACGAGGCAAGCGCGGAGCCCGGUCUUCGUAGCGGUCGAUGACAAGGACGAAUGCGCCCGCGACGAAACACUCGUCGGUUGUCUCAUCUCGGAGCACGAGGCACUUGUCAAAAACAGCAAACACUGCAAAAUUGUAUUCGGCAAGAUCGGCAAUCAUUAUUAUUAUCUAUUACAUUUUCUUCCCAAGCAGAAUAACACGUACGCCGGUCUGCAAGUACGUCACGUACUUCAUGGCAAAGUAAUCACGGUUAUUAUUACGGGUGUGCACGAAACACGGGUCUGCGUCGGCACCAAAGUAGCCAACUCGUUUGGCCAAAAAAACGUCUGCUCCAAGUUGGCCGAUUUGUCUGGUUACUGGGGCAUAACGCGCGACGGCCGUAAAGUUCACGCUCAAAUAAUGUACAGUGUCGUCUCUAUCGUCGGACGCGUGGCAUCCGGUCAGCUCUACUGUAUGCUCACCUCCCCCGAUCUGGCAAUAGGACCUAAUAAGGAAAUCCUCGCUCCCGUCGAUCUCGUCAUUCACGCCCUUCAUCCGUACACAAACAUCAAGAUAUUCGAUGUGAAAGUCGAUACGCUGACCAACAUCAAUGGCUUCGACUCGCAGGUCCUCGUCAACACGAGUUUGGCUCUGCGCUCCAAACGCAUUUUCGGUAAAGUUCUCCAAGUUAUCGGUCUGCAUGGAUACAGCGUUACCGUCGACUCGACGCAUUUCGCGCGCAGAGAUGAUGGACGACGCAAGCGACAACAAGACGAAACGGAGGUGCGCAAUCCUAAACGAGCUCGUCGCGUUGGACGGAAGUGUAUCGCUCAAUGACUGUCGCCUUUGAAUCUCAUUUCUCAACAAUAUUUUUCACACGACUAUAAAUACACUUUUUGUAUUCUGUAGGAGCAUUCUAUGGGAUUUUGAAUAUGAAUAUUUAUAAGAUUUCACACCUUUAUUCGCGACUUUUAAAUGCAAAUAAUCUAAACACCGAUAAUGCAUAAAAUUGAAAAGUUGCAUGAAAUAAUAAGUAAUUUUUUAGAGGAUCGUCAUAUAUGGAUCGCAGUAGGUCGUCAAGUUCAAUAAACAAAAUUCAUGCUGACGUGGUCCAAUAUUUUCAAAUGUCCAUGCGAAAUUCACGACGACACUUUCUAGAUAUUUUCGUGUUUUAGCUUGAUUUCGCUAGAAAAAAUGUCUCUCGUAUAUGACUGCAGAAAGUAACUGCGUCGCCACCAAUUUUUUAUAUUCGGUAUAGAGAGUUAUAUUGUACGUGACUUUUUUUAAAACGGCUCGGGCUAGCGUUAUGCACGCAUCUGCAGCGUCGACUUGCCCCAACUCAACGAUUCAUAAAAUGCCAUAAGCAAAAUGAAUUUCCGUUCAGUCAUCCCGACGAAAGUGCAAACGUGUACCAUCAAAUAAUAAAAAAAACUAGGCGAGUCAAAGACGCG